AUGACAAGGCAGUCGGGUCUGCGUGUUGUUCAUCAGCCACGAGGUGCGCCGAUCCUGAAUAUUAUAUUUAUACAUGGUUUGGGUGGUGAUAGUCAGAGGACUUGGUCCAAAGAUCCCCAUGAUGCAAGUCUCUUCUGGCCGCAACAUUGGUUACCUUUGGAGCCAGGAAUAGCGAGCGCUCGAAUACUGAGUUUUGGGUACAAUGCUAGCUUUCGUCCUGGGGCGCCGAGGAAUAUUUACAGUAUUGGUGAUUUCGCUAAGGAGCUGCUUUAUGAAAUGAAGUUCGGUAAAGAUCUCGAUGGCAAAGAUUUGGACAUUGCCACGGCGCCAAUAAUCUUCGUUGCGCAUUCAAUGGGUGGUCUGGUGGCAAAAAAAGCAUAUCUCCUUGGCCAGAACGACGAGACAUACAAGCACAUUGUUGGUUCAAUAUCAGCUAUGAUCUUCCUGGCCACCCCGCAUCGUGGUACAAAUCUGGCUGAAGCUCUGAAUAGGUUGCUCACUGUCUUGUUUCAGCCUACGCGGGACUUUAUUGCUGAUCUGAACAAGAGCUCACCCGCACUGGAAGAGCUCAAUGAACAAUUUCGUCACAUUGCACCCAAACUCUCCAUUUGGUCUUUCUAUGAGACGCUUGCUACUCCUGUGGGCCCGAUGAAACUCAUCGUGCUUGAUAAGGACUCCUCAAUUCUAGGAUAUACUAAAGAAAUCUCGAGACCGCUUGAUGCAGAUCAUCAUGGCAUGAGCAAAUACUCUAGUCCAGAUGAUCCGAAUUACGUCAGUGUUCGCAACGCUCUGAGCUCCCUUGUCAAAACUUUCCAAUCAGGUGGGCUUGCUGGAAAGAGCGAGCAUGUACCCGAAGAAACCAGAGAUGUCGAAAAGCUUCUAGGUGUUUUCUCCAAUCCAGAAGACGACUUGAACUCCGUGCGACGUUGGUGGAUACCAGGUACUUGUGAAUGGCUGCUUCAUGAGCCAGGUAUACGAUCUUGGCUGGAGACAAGACAAGAGUCUUGCGUUACUUGGUUCUGUGCACCUCCGGCCAGCGGGAAAUCGACUUUGUCAGCACAUGUUAUCAGCCAUCUCCGCGAGUCCGGCGUUGCGUGCCAAUAUUUCUUCUUCAAAUUCGACGACCCAAGUAAACGCCGGCUCAGUACGUUCUUGAAGUCCAUUGCGUGUCAGAUAGCGCGAGAUGUUCCUGCUUUCAAGCGCAGCUUAUCCGAUUUAUUCACUGAAGGACUCGAGUUUGAAAAGGCCGACUCAUCGCUCUUAUGGAAGAAGCUCUUUGAAUCCAUUCUCUUCGCUACGGAACUUCCCUUUCCUCUUUAUUGGGUUGUUGAUGCUCUGGAUGAGUCGGAGGCCCCAAAGGCUCUGUUGGAGCUUCUUCGCAGACUCGAAAGCUCACGAACUCCUCUGCGUAUACUCAUCGUCAGUCGAAAAAGCGAGCCUCUAUCUCUUGCCUUUGGACGGCUUGCCAGCUCGGUUCCUCUCAAGUCGAUUGAGAAAGACGGCACCGACUUUAAUUCAAUCGACAUUCAAACGCUAGUCGAAAAGGAAAUCGAAUAUGUGCGCGGCGGUGACGAGCUGAGACAGAGGGUUGCACAAGUUGUAAAGAGCCGUGCUCAAGGUAAUUUUCUGUGGGCUCGAUUAGUCCUAGAUGAUAUUGUCAAUUGUCACUCGGAGGACGCCAUCCAAGAGGCGCUGAAUGAUAUCCCAAGUGACAUGAACAUUAUGUAUCGACGCAUGGAGCUAAGCAUACUGAAUAACCCCCGCAAAUCUAAUACUGCACUGGCAAAAGCGCUCCUUCAAUGGAUAAUCUGCGCAAGUCGUUUAUUGAAUCUCAAAGAGCUAUCGCAAGCCCUGAGACCUGAAUUUCCGGAGAUGCUGGACCUAAGAAGGACCAUCCAGGAUGUCUGUGGUCAUUUCAUGGUCGUGAGCAAAACUGGGCAGGUAACCCUUGUGCAUCAGACUGCCCGCGAAUAUUUGACAAAAAAUUCCGAGAACGAAAGCCUCAUAGAUCCCCAGAAAGGUCAUGAAAAGCUUUUCUUGAAAUCGGUCUCAGUCUUAUGUGAUCAAAGCCUUCGGAUCAAGUUAACACACGGCCAACGUGCACUAUCUAAUACAGAGCCGUUCAUAUUCUAUGCUGCAACAUCCUGGAUGUACCACCUUCGACAUGUAAAGAUAGCAUCAGACGAAUCUCUAGAUCGACUCGUCACCAUGUUCGGGAGUCUGUAUGUGCUGACAUGGAUCCAUGCGCUGGCAAUUGUAGGCCACCUGGAAAUGCUAGUCAAGGCUGCGAAGGUCCUGAGCACCUUCGUGAGCCAUAGACGGAAAUUAAACUCAAUCAAAAACCCCCUCCUACAUCGUCUUUCUGACAUUGAUCUUCUGGAAAGGUGGAGCAUUGACUUAGUCAAGUUGGUUGGCAAGUUUGCCACACAGCUUAUGUUAGACCCAUCAGCAGUGUACAAGCUUAUCCCUCCAUUGUGUCCAGAAAAUUCGAUCUUGCGUCAACAAUUUCAUCAACCAGAUUCAGCCGAGGUGGCUGUCAGUGGUAUUUCAAAUACUUCUUGGAAUGAUAAUCUGGCGAGAAUAGCGCUCCCAAACGGAGAGCAAGCCUGGAAUGUCAUAUGUGCUGCUCAAAGACUCGCCGUUCUAGGAUCCAGUGGAAAUAUAUAUCUCUGGAGUUCUUCCAACUUUGUGGAGCUCUGUACACUGCAGCAUCGGGAACCUAUAACGACAUUUUGUUUCAACAACAAAGGGAGCAAAAUUGUCUCGUACGGGUUGCGGACCACCAAGAUUUGGUCGGUUCCUUCAAGUGAAUUGCUAUCAUGCAUUCCGAAUCCGAGGGAUAUCAAGGCUAUGUCGAUAAGUUUCGCUGAAAACGAUGCAAAAAUUCUAAGCGGAUCAGACGAUAGAGGGAUACGUUAUGUCCGCAUCAAUGCUCCAGAAGCAGGGUGGCAAAGUUUGAGUGACAGCCUCUUGAAGGAGACUUCCCAAAUUGAAGGUAAUAUAAUCAACUCUCCCAUGUGCAUGGCUUUCAAUGGGGACAGGACUCAGAUUGGCGUGUCUUACCGGGGAUUCCCUCUGUCUGUCUGGGCAUUGAAUGAAGGGUAUUGUAUUGGUAGAUGCAAGAGAGCGAAAUCAUUUCGAAAUGACAAGGCCCGUCCCUCGACCAGCUGGUUCGCCGUGGAUCGGUUUACCUGGAAUCCCGUGUCUGGACAUGUAAUCGGCCUAUAUAGAGAUGGCUGUGUUUUCAAAUGGCAUCCUGUGACCGAUGAGAACCAGGAGGCUCAAUCUGCUGCUGACGAAGUCGCCGCUAGCUCUGAUGGUAGACUAUUCGUCACAAGCAAUAGCGAUGGAACUGUUCGGGUCUGGGACUUUGCGUACUUCACCGUGAUAUACCAACUCUCCUCGGCAGAUUUAGUCACAGGGCUGGCUUUCAGCCCUGACUGUAUGCGCUUCUACGACCUGCGGGGCUCCUCUGUAAAUGUUUGGGAGCCUAACAGCCUUGUACGCUUCUCCGAGACCGAGGAAACCAUCAGUGACGUGGCCAGUGAAGACCAGUCUCUUACCUCGAUAUCACAUGCCUCUGAAGCAAACUUGGUGCAGUAUGAAGCUGUCACUGUAGUCGCUGUUGCGCGCGGCAGCACUUGGUACUGUGUUGGCAAUGAGGAAGGCGUGGUAGAUCUUUUCGACACACGAACAGAGGAAGCAAGCGAACUUUUCCGAUUUUCGAAUUUCCUCAGUGUCAGCCACUUAGCUUGGAGUCCUGAUGCGACACAUGUCGUUGCUGUCGAUCUCGGAGGAGACAUCCUUGUCAAGUAUAUAGCCACUACACAAGCUGACGCGAUAGGUAUGACUGAAUUGAAGUCCAUGGCAAGUCCCAAGAUUGACCUCAACGAGCGUGGUAUACACCAGAUGCUUUUCAAUAGCGACUCAACAUUCCUGCUCAUCAUAAGUCAGGGUUGCGGUCAAAUUUGGUCUUUGAAAGAUAGUGCUACUGUCGCAACACUUUACGAUCAGGAUAUGAAUCGCAGAUGGCUCCAGCACCCGACACAGAAUUCAUUAUUCCUUGGCUUUGGAGCGACCGAUUUAAGAGUAUUUCGGUGGCGAGACUUCUCUGAGAAGUCACCUCGUUGUUACCAGCCGGAUCAUCCCAGACUCGACGGUCGUAUAAAACUAGACUCUAGCGACAAGCAAACUCCUGAAAUGGCAGAUCUUUCUCUGGGGACAGACGGUGAACAUAAACCAAAAUCGGCUGCUAAUCGAGCUAUACUCACGCAGGAUGGAAGACACAUAUUGAUCCAGACAAGAGAGAUGACCAGCCAAGGUCGAACUAUCAAGCGGGUACUUGUCUUCAACAUAUCCUUUUUCGUCCCCGACGAGGAGGAUAGCCUAUCAACCCCACUACCCUACGCCUACAUACCACCAGAUGUCCUAUCAAGUAUCGAAAUCCCGUUGGGCAUUCUCUCUGGAUCAAGACUUGCCUUUCUGAAUCAAGACCUGUGGUUCUGCACCUUUAGGCUAAAGUCUACCCGUCAUGAUGACGAGGCGCUCCAACGACAUUACUUCAUCCCCCGAGAUUGGACAAGCACUGAGAGCGUAGAACAAUGCUGUAUGAUGGAGGAUGGCAGUCUCUUGUGUCCGAGAGACAACGAAGUUGCCGUCAUCAGAUUUACUCUCGAAGGAUUUGGUAUCUUAGGGCUCAAGAAGAGGGACACCUCGCCAGCCAAAGGGAUUGAGUGGCAAGCAGCUGGACUUCAAGGCGGAUUCUGGUGUGCUAGGUCGAGUUGGAUAUGUUGUUCGAGAGAGAAUGAGGCAGAAGAAAGAGAUGUGCGGCUCGCGGCCUCGCGUACACCUCCAUUGUAUGCGCCGUUGACCAUUGUGUAA